GUCACGUGACUCGGAGACGUUUAUUUUUCCCCAGCAAUGGCGCCAACCCGUACAUGUCCUCUUAUUUGUGGCCCCUCCGCGCUCCAGGGACGCCGCGAGGCCCUCCGAGGGGUGUGCUAGAGGGCGGGAGAUGCGGUGCGCGGCGAGGACGUGGCCCGGAGAGGAAAAAGAGGGAAGGGCCUUUAAGAAACAUGAUCCCCGCAGCUACCAGGUUACAGGAGUUGGUUGCAAAAGAUAAGAAAGAGAAGCACCUCAGCCCAAGAACAAGAAAAAAAAGACUCCCCCAUAGAGGCCUCGAGGAAAUAAUGAAUCUAAGGUGAAGAGGAGAAAGAAGGAGAAAAGAAAAAAGGAAAAACAGGAGGAGGAGAAGAAGAAGAAGAAGAAGGAGGGAAGAAAAACUACUACUACUACUACUAAUAAUAAAUAAUAAUAAUAAUAAAAAUAAUAAUAAUAAUAACUAACGUCACCACUACAGGCUGAUCCGAGCCAAGCACCAUCGUACACACACACGCACACACACACUCGCACACGCACACACCCACCAACAUGUCCACACGCGUCAAGAGGCAGCUGAGCAAGAGCGGCAGCAGUGGGGGGGCGGAGGGUCCUACCGGGGGCGUGGCGGCGGCCCCGGUCUCCGCCCCCGCCGCCGCUGCCGCCACCACCACCGCCGCGGCCGCCAGACGAAAGCGGCGGGUGGACAACUCAGGUUCAGAUGACGAGGAGCGGUCAAUCUGGACUCCAAAACACCUGGGGGACCUCAGGGCAUACAACCGCUCGGCCUCGGAAGCCCCCGCUGAGCUGUUCCGCAAGGAUCUCAUCUCGGCCAUGAAGCUGGCGGACAAUGAACCCCUCAGCUCGGACGACUUCUGGGGCAUCGGGGACCCGUGGAAGCAGGAGUGGGAGCGCGGCGUGCAGGUCCCGGUCAACCCAGACUCCCUCCCUGAGUCCAGCGUCACCGUCACCGUGCACAAGCCAGUCAGGGACCGCGAGGCCAACUUUAGGCUUACAAAAGACAAGCUGAUCCGGGUGAACCACGACGAGUUCUUCAGCAACGAGCAGCACAUCCUCAGCAACCUGCCCACCAAGGCCGAGAAGAUGUGCCGCUACGAUAUGGAUGACCUCGACGACAAGUGGCUCACGGCUUACAACGGGGAGCGCGCCAGAAUGGGAGCGGCCCCAGUUCCCCCGUUGAUCUUCGAGAUGAUCGUGGAGCACCUGGAGGAGACGUGCUGGGAGAACAUUCACAAGCUGCUCAAGACCGAGGAGUCGCUGUCCAUCGAGUUCGACGAAGAUGUGAUCUGUGACGUCUGCCGAUCGCCUGACAGCGAGGAGGGCAACGAGAUGGUGUUCUGCGACGCAUGCAACAUCUGCGUCCACCAGGCCUGCUACGGCAUCACAGCCAUCCCCUCGGGCUCCUGGUUGUGCCGCACGUGUUCCCUCGGCAUCAAGCCCGACUGUGUGCUGUGUCCAAACAAAGGCGGAGCUAUGAAGUCCACCAAGUCCGGGCAGAAGUGGGCGCAUGUGGCCUGUGCGCUGUGGAUCCCGGAGGUGUCCAUCGGCUCCGUGGAGAGGAUGGAGCCCAUUACCAAGAUACCCAACAUACCUCAAAGUCGGUGGGCGCUGGUCUGCGUGCUGUGCCGGGAGCGUCGUGGGGCCUGCAUCCAGUGUUCCGUCAAGACCUGCAAGACGGCCUACCACGUGACCUGCGCCUUCAAGCACUGCCUGGAGAUGAAGGCCAUUAUUGAGGACGAGAGUGCCGACGACGGGGUGAAACUGAGGUCGUACUGCGAGAAGCACAGCGUGUCGAGCAAGAAACUGGGCGGGCCGGAGGAGACGGGCGACAGCGAUGAGGUGGAGGAGGACACCGGCGGCUCCCCGAAGCGCAAGAAGGACUGGACCUCGGAGCAGAAGAACCAGGCGAGGGCGGCCAAGCUGAGGCAGAUUGAGGCGGAGUUUUACAAGCACGUCAACGCCAAGGAGACGGCCAACUUCCUCGACAUUGACCAGGAGACCACCGAGACCAUCUUCAACUACUGGAAACUGAAGAGGAGGGCGACCUUCAACAAGCCUCUGCUGACGCCCCGCAGUGAGGAGAUCGACCUUCUGUCCCACCAGCAGGAGCAUGACAUUGAAAACAUGAAGAUGUGUGUGCAGCUGCGCCAGUACUUGGAGAGGGUGAGGAACUUGUGCUACAUGGUGAACCGGCGGGAGCGUCUGUCGCGAUCCUUCAUCAAGACGCGCGAGCAGACGUUCAGCAAGCAGGUGAGUCUGCUGUCCAGCGGCAGUCUCAGCCAGCAGGAGGCGGCGGCGGUGCUGCAGGCCAACCAUGGCCCCUCAGUGUACGACCGCAUGUACUCCCACGCCGGGGCGCCGCGCCACACACAUAAGCAGUUCGAGCGGCUGGUGGCCCAGAUGGCCGGCACGCUGCCCGCCCAGGAGAAGCCGCGCCCGCCCAAGCGGCCACCGCAGCGCAAGGACGUCAAUGGCCUGGUGCGGCCCAAGAAGGAGCGGCCGUCGGAGAACCCGUACAAGCGGAACUAUGUGAACGGCGCCGAGCAGCGGCGGUCCAGGUCCUCAUCCACGGCCACCACCACGGACAGCGACUCGGACCUGCCGGCCACCAAGUGGUCCCUGCCGGCCAAGGGCCCGACCCACUACUCUGUGUACACCUCCUCCGAGGAGGAGAUGAACAAGGAAAACUUCUCCCUCAAGCUGGAGGCACCCAGUCCCAAGGUCAACAAGCUCUUCGACACCCCCGACAAGGACAAGGUGGAGGCCGGGGCCGCCGUCUCUGCCUGGAACCGGCCAGGGAGGCGGCGGCGGGGCAUUGGGCGGCCAAACUCGCUCAAGAACAAAGGGUUCCGGGCGCCGGGGGAAGACCGCUCCGCGCGGGACUUUGACGCCCUGCUGGGCACUGCCCCGGUGAAGGUGGAAGCAGAGCCCCCGCCCCCGCCUCCGCCCCGUCCUGACACAUCUGAGGAUGAAGCGCCUAAGCCUCCACCGCCGCCGGCCCGUCGCCGCAACAAGAAGAAGGUGACCCCACCCAAGGUGGAGUCCAGUGGCAGCAGCGAGGAGGACAGCACACCCGCCCCCACCCCUGCCCCAACGCCCGCCCCUGCCCCCACCCCUGCCCCUGCCUCUGCCAGCCUCCCUGCUCCAGCCCUGAUCAAGAACAAAGUGGACAAGAAGCAGCCUGCGCGGCGGGGCAGGUGGCUGAAGACCGGGGCGGGCAGGGAGGAGCCUAGUGUGCCGCCCCCCGCCAGCCCCGGGGUGGGCCUGGGUGUGCUGGGCAGCAGCGACGUGCCCAAGCUGGAGCUGAGCGACGACGAGGAGCUGGCGCCGCCCACCUACCGCCUCUCCAGCGAGGAUGACGAGGACGACUCGGCGGGGCGGCGUGGCGGGGCCAGCAGUGACGGCGGCGACCACUCGUCCUCCUCCUCGGCCUCCACGCCCGCCCCCGCCCUCAAGAGUGCCCCAGCCAGUGGCAGCGAGGCAGAUAGUGAAGACGGGACGGAGGGCGGCGCUGACGGCUCUGCGGCGGCCGCCACCCUCAAGACCAAGGCGGCCAAGAAGGAGUUCACGCCCAAGAUCGAGGCGCGGGUUGAGCGCCUCAAGAAGCGGCGGGGCGGCCGGAAUGCAGCUGCUCGGCGGGGCAGCGAGGCCGUGGAGGCGGAGGCCGCACCGGGGCCGCUGCUCGUGCCCCAGCGCAUGGCAGCCAAGAAGGCCUCGGAGCGCAUCACUAGUCAUAACACCGCCGGCCCCACCGCCCCGCCACCCACCACUGCAGCACCGCCCCAGGACACACCCACACCCGAGGUCAAGCCCCGCCUGGCACGCCCCGUCAAGGAGGAGGCGGAGGACACUCCAGAGGAGGAGCGGAAGGUCUCCCCCAGCAAGGGCCGGAAGGCCAAGGCCAGGGACCGGUCGCUGGAGGAGUCGCCGCCGCCUGCCGUCGAGGUGCCCAAGAAAGCGCUGUUUGAGCCGCCGGAGAUCCUGCCGUACGUGCCAAUGCGUCUGGCGGCGCGCAAGGCCGCCGAGAACCUCAAGGGCGGCAUAAGCAAAGGCGCUGCUCCCACCCCACCUGAGCCCGAGGACGGGGAACGCGCCGCCAGCCCCGCCCCGCCCCCAGCCAAGGCCAAGCGCAUGGCUCGCCAGGAGGCUCGGGGCAACAGUCGUGCCAAGUCCAAGUCCCCCCGCGCUGCCAAGCUGCCGCCCCCUGCCACCCCACCGCCGGCAGCAGCACCAGUCUCCACCCCCACCCCCACCCCCACCCCCACCCCCACCCCUACUCCCACGACUCCCACCACUACAACCCCCACCCCCACUGCCACCACCACCCCUGCGCCUUCUCCCGCCCCGCCGCCCGCCCGCACGCCCACGCCCACGCCUGCUACAGACACUGAGUCCGAGAGUUCCCCCGAGAGCCCCAGCCGCCCCUCCCCUCCCCGCCCCUCCGCCAAGGAGCCCCGCGACCUACUCAAGGCCUCAAAGUCCAUCUUCUCAGACAGCGAGGAAGAGGCAGGUGGGGCGGGGCGGCGAGAGCGUGUGGCCCCCCCACCGAGCCGCCCCGACCCCCUGCUGGAGGUUGCCAAGGAGUCUCAUGCUGGCGAGCCGUUUUUUCGUGGCGAAAUCUUUCUACGCGAGUACCAGAGCUCCUCCUCCGACGGGGAGAACGGGGCAGGGCGGCCCUCCACCCCGGGGCGGCCCCAGACGGACGAGCCGACCCCGCGCCCCUCCUCUCAGCGGCCCUUUCGUGGCUCACGGGUCUCAGGGGACCUCCACCUCACCUCCUCUUCCUCCUCCUCCUCCUCAUCAGACAGUGAGGGGCGGGAGGUGGAGAACCAGGUGCCCCCCUCAGGCCCCGGCCCCGGCGCUGCUUCCCGAAAGACGGCCCCCGACAAGAAGCUUAAAACUUCCGAUGGGCGGCCUGAACACGGGUUUCAGCCGCCGACUACUGAGAGAGGUGAAUCCAGAGUGGCCCCGGAGGGAGGCCGGGGAAAGGGUGGGGCCGGGUCGCGCGCCCUGCGUCACGGUCGGGCUCAGUGCAGAUCGCGAACUGCUGCUGGUGACCUCGCACUGCAAGACCUCGCGGGUGACGCUGAUGCGCCACCCGCCCGGGGACCCGGUGCUGCCCCACGAGAAAGAGACGCGGGGCGAAGAAGAGAGAGAGAAUCUGCUGCUGCUGCCCCCACCACCUCCCCCACUGGGGCGCCCCGCAGAGAGGUACAGCCUGAGGAACCUGCCAGCCGCCCCACCCUCCUCAGCAGCCCAGAGAGGCUGCCACUCGCCCCUGCCCAAGAGGCGCCGCCGCCACUGAAGGCUGUCGAGCCGCAUGACGGUGAGCUGGUGCACCAGCGGCAGCGGCGGCGGCGGCAGCGGGACAGCAGCAGCAGCAGGAGCAGGGAGCCGCCGCCCAGAACGGCUGUUGAGUCCCCCACACGCUCCCCCUCCCCGGCACCCCCAAAACUGGAAUCUUCCCGACUGUCCCCGCCGUUGGUCAAGGGACAGGACGGCGAGGAGGAGGAGGAGGGGGAGGCGGGUCUGGCAGCAGCUACAGCAGAAGAGGAUGAGAAGGACGAAAAGAGACCCAGCCUGGAGCACCUUCCCAGCCCCGCCCCGCCCCGAGGGUCUGGACAGGGCCCCGGGGAGGGCAGGACGCGUGCGGCGGCGGCGUUUGGCUUUGUUGACGAAGAGGAGGUGAAGGUGGAGCGGCUGGAGGACAUCGUGGACACGUCGGACACGGAGCAGGAGAGCAAACGUGUGCGCGUGUGUGACAGCGAGGAGGAGGAGGAGGAGGCGGUGGCGCCUCUGCUGGAGGGGGAGAGCGGCGGCGCCGUGGGUGAGGCGCGGGUGGAGCAGCCCAAGGACAGCGGCUACAAGAGUGCAAUAACCACACCCGAGCCCCUGGAACGGGCGCUGCCCUGGGUCGGUGAGGCCCCGGGGCCUGUACAUAGUGUUGUAAAUAGUUUUGUGAUGCCUGAAGACGCCGACUCCAGCAACAGCAGCAGCGGCAAGCCUCCCGCCCCCUCCCACACCCUCACGCCCGCCGCAGCGCCCACUGCUGGCCCUGCCCCGCCAACCCCUGCCCCGGAGGCCAAGCAGCAGCAGCAGCAGCAGCAGCAGCCCUUGAACAAGUUCCUCUCUCCUUCCAAGAGGAAAAACCUGGAAGACGUGAUCGGAGAGGUGAAGCGGCAGGCGGAGGCCCACCUGGAGCCCUGCCCUCCUGCCCCUCCCACCUCCACCCCCGCCCCAACUCAGACCCAGCCAACAGCCCCGGCAGCAGCCCCCACGCUGCCCCUACCACAGGGUCCUGCCCCGCUUGGGCCCACCUCCCCGACGCCCCCCGAGGGCGCUGCCUCUGGGUCGUCAUCGUCGGCGUCCAGCUUCGUGGAGCAGUGGCGUGGCCAGUGGAAGAGUCCUCCGCCGGCUGAGCGUCAGGCGGAGGCGCCACACUCACUCAGCCAGCUGGACAUGGGCAUGGCCGCCGCCUCCAUCAUGGACCUGCAGCGGGCCAUGUACACCCCGGACUACAGCUCCUUCAUGUCCCUCCACUCCAGUGCACUGCUCAAACACUUCAGGAUUGAUCCAAUGUUCAACCUGGCCUACCUCCAGCAGCAGCAACAGCAACAACAGCAGCAGCAGCAUCAACAACAACAACAGCAACAACAGCAACAACAGCAGCAGCAGCAGCAGCAUCACCAACAGCUGCAGCAACUUCAUCACACAGCUGCUCAAGAACUUGCCAGUCUGGUGCAGCAGCAACAGCAACAACAACAACAACAACAACAACAACAACAACAGCAGCAGCAGCAGCAGCAGCAGCAGCAGGCUGCACAGAGCUCAGGGAACAAACUCAUCAAACCCCUGCAGCCUUCCCCUGGGGCUGUGCAAAAGGUCCCUGGACCACUGCCCUCCCCUGGGGCAGGGCAGAAGGUGGCUCCUCUGCAGCCCUCCCCAGGGGCGGUGCAGAGUGUGGCCCCGCAGCAGCCCUCCCCAGGGGCAGGCCCCAAGGUGCCUGCCUCCCACAAGGUGCCAGCCCCCCAGGUCUCCCCUGGCACACCCAAAGUUUCUGUAUCUGCAUCCUCCCCAGGGCUGGGGCUGAAGAUAGCUCUUCCCCGGUCCUCCCCAAGUCUGGCCCCACCCCACCCCUCCCCCGGGGUGGCGCCCCCACAACCCUCCCCUGGAGCAGGACAACAGGUGGCACCCCCACAAUCCUCCCCAAGCUCUGCUGCCCCUGCCUGCCUGUCCACUCCCUCCCCCACGCCCGCCAAAGUACCUCCCCCAACUCCCUCCCCCACGGCCGCCAAGGCUCCGCCCCCCACCCCCUCCUCCGCGGCAUCGCAGUCGACCACCACUACCACCAGGCAGCAGCGGCAAGCAGGUUCUGAAACUUCAGUAUUACCGCCCCCCCACACGUCCCCCUCCAGAGACACGCCAGUAUUACUCCCCCGCCCCACCCCGUCCCCCAGCAAAGCCACGGCGCCCCUGCCAUCACCCCCCAACGCUGUGCUGCCCCCCAAGAAGGAUGCAGCGCUUCCCAACGCCCUGCUCGCCGCCAAGUCCACCGCCAGCCGCCCCACGCCUCCGCGCGCCAACGCGGAGCCGGUCAUCGAGACCAUCACCCUGGAGGACGGCGAGUCCACCCCGCGGGCUGAGUCCUCUGCGCCGGCGCCUGCGCCCGCGGCGGGACAGAAAAGAGUGCCCAUCUACAUGCAGGAGGCGGCGCGCGCCCCGAAGGUGGCGGAGAAACGGUCCCCGCGGGCCGCCCGCACCGCUGCGUCUCGCUGGAACAAGGAGCCGGUGCGCCCGCGCGAGAAGCGGCCAGCGCGACGCGGCGGCUACAACAAGGGGCGGGGCCGAGGCGCUGGGGCCCGAGGCCGGGGGCGUGGCCACAGCCCGCGCUUCAACAUGGCCUCGGUGCCCAAGGAGCUGCAAGGCACCGUUUACGACUUCGACUAUGACAACGACUUCGACGACGACGGUCCGGCAGCCAGCACCACCCUGGACGACCUGCGCCGCUCCCGGGAGAAGCGUCAGUCUGUGGACACCGCACCGCCACCCCUCACCCCGACACACACACCCGCUCCCGAGCCCCGCGAGCAGUCCCCGAAAAAGAGUAGCAAGAAAACCAAGUCCACUCACAAGGACAAGGUCGCCACCACCCCGGUCCACGCCGCCGCCGUCAGCGAGGCGGAGGAGCAGGACGACAAGGUGGCCAAGAUCCUGCAGGACUACCACAACAUGCAAAACUCCCAGCUGCGGCGCAGCGCUCACUCCCCUUCCCCGCCGCGCCCCGAGGCUCCCCCCGACGGUCCCACCGAGGCGCCGCCGCUUCCCUACGCGGCCGCCCUAGCCGAAGACAAGCUGGCGGCACUCUCGGGCCUCGGCGAUUCGCGUGACGGGGUGCAGGCCGAGACGGGGGCAUCGGGGCUACGCGGGGCGGGAGGGGAGGACCCUGCCAAGGUCACACUGACGGUGCCGACAGCCCAGCUGGGCGUGGACGAGCGUAACCAACUCAAGCUGAAGAUCAAGGGACCGUACGCCAACUCCUACUCCAGCAGCAGUGUGUCGGUGCCCCCGCCCCCCGCCUCCUCGUCCACCACGUCCACGCUGCGCCGCAUGAGGAAAAAGGAGCUGAUCCGCCAGUACUGCUGCCAGGACCAGCUCCCGCCUGCCGAGCUCCACGGCGAGGCCGGCGGCGCGCAGCACCACAGCGCGCCCAGCCCCGCGCCGCACGUCCGCACCGGCAUCACCAUCCCCAAGGCCGUGGCCUCCAUGACCUCCAUCCCCACCCGCGAGGACUACAAGAUGUACACCCAGGACGAGGCCGGCGGAGGCGGCGGCGGUGGGCGGCGCAAGCGACCCCCGCGAGAGUUGCGCCACCUCAAGGUGUGGACCAUCAAGGAAGACGGCGGCGGCGGCGGCGGCAGCGGUGGUGGCGGUAGCAAGCGUAACUCCGAGACCGGCGAAGGUGGAGACCCCAGCAGAAAGAGGCCGCGGGGCGUGAAGGACGCCAGUGGCGGCAAGGGCGGCGCGGCUGAGAAUCGGGACGCCGCUGCCGCUGCUGAUGCCGCCAGUGCUGCUGCUGUCGCCGCCGCCGCCGCUAACGCCGCCAAGCCGCCGCCGAAGCUUAGGAUCAGCCUGGGCAAGAACAGGACGGAGGUGACCACCGUGCCCGCUGAGCCCGCCACCACCGACGAUCCCCAGGACCCGCACCGCCACCACCACCACCAUCACCACCAUCACCACCACCACCACCACCGGCCGCCCAAAAAGCGCCUGGCAGAGGACAACCCGAUGGUCAAGAUCAAGAGCGACAACCUCAAGUUUCGUGAGCAGAUCAUGGCGGACUUCGACAAGCCAGGCCGCAAGGGUGCCGCCGACCGGGAGCGUCGCGCCAAGAAGCGGCGGGUGCUGGGCGGUGGCGGCGGCGGCGGUGGCGGGUCAGGGUCUGAGCAGGAGGACCGGCACGCGGUGGUGAUCGCCGGGGACAGCAGCACCAACGCGCCCAAGCUGGUCAUCCGUCUCAAGGGCAAGAGUGACGCGCCCGCCGCACCCUCCGCCGCCGCCGCCGCCGCCAACAAUAACAACAACACCACCACCUCCUCCACCUCCAGUAACGCCGCCACCUCCACCACCACGAACGCCCUCGCUACCGCCUCCACCACCUCCACCACCGGCACCAAGGGGGAGGAGGAGCCUGACGCUGCCCUGCCGCCCUCGCUCAAGAUCCGGUUGUCGCUGCCCAAGGCUGAGCCGGAGGCUGCUCGGGAUAGCGGCGGCAGCAACGGCGGUGAGGCGGUGGGCAAGGUGCCGCUGCGCCUCAAGCUGUCUCGGCGCCCCGACGGCUACGUCGCGUCCAACUCCCACCGGCGGCCGCCGCCCGGCGUCCUGGACCAGGGCCCGGGCCCCCCCGUGCCGCCCCGCCCCCCCGACCUGCCCCAGAACACGCCACUCACUCCUGACGUCCCCAACACCGCCCCUGCGCCCUCCCAGACCGCCGCCGACACCACCACCGCCUCUACAACCACCAUCAGCAGCAUCGCCGCUGCUGCCACCACUACCACCACCGCCACACCCGCGUCGCCGCUGCGGCCGCCGUCACGGCUAGGCCCCGAGGACCCCCACACGCCGCCUCCCAGGGCGCCGGAACCCCGGGUGCCGCCCCUAGAUAGCAGGAUACCUCCGUGCGGUGCUCCGCCGCCCUCUCCUCCCCAUCCGGCUUACCAAUACAGCGGUGCGCCACCCACCGCCCCCUCCGCGCCGCCCCCCUCCUUGGGGCACGAGCCGCUUGGUCUUGGCCCCCUAGAGUAUGGUCUGGGGGGGCUAGGACCCCCGCCGCCCCACCCCGAGCACGAGCAACAGGAAGUGCUGCAGCGGCUGGCGGCGGCGGUGGCACGUAACGGGGGCGGGCCGGCAGCUGCGCCUCCCCCGCCGCCACAGACGGGGCCGCCGCCGCCGCUGCUGGGCGUGGCGGGGCUGCGCCACCCGCUCUACCCCUUCAAGGAAGGCUCAGACUGCAGAUGAUAAAAGCUGCGUCCCUCUAGUACUAGUGCCACUAAUAACACUACGCUAAGGACUACACACUAAGGAAUAGUUACCUACUAGCCAAUACUUCUACUACUACUACUACUACUGUUUCUACUUCUAAUUCUACUACUUUUACUACCACUUCAACUACUACUACUACUACUACUACUACUACUACUACUACUACUACUACUACCUGUGUGACAGGCUGAACCAUGAGAGAGAGAGAGAGAGAGAGAGAGAGAGCCGUAAACAUGUACAAAUGUAGAUAGUGUCGGUAGGGGAGGGCGGGUGGGGGGUCGAGGGGCGCCUCCCCCUCGAGGGUUACUCAUCACAUGCGUCUUGUUCACCACAACAAACAAACAAACAAACAACAAAACAAACAAACAAGUUUUAUUAUUGAGCACUGUUCGUCUGUCUGUGUGUGUCCGUCUGUCUGUCUGUCUGUCAGUCUGUCUGUCUCAUUCGUUCGGAGAGGAAGAUAUCUGUUUUUCCUCCACCAGAAGACUUAGGAGGAGGAGGAGGAGGAGGAGGAGGAGGGAGGCCCGCCCUUUUUUUAUAUCUUUUUGUACCGUUGUAAAUAGAACAAAUGUACAAAUUAAUGUAUUCGCAUUUUUUAUCAUUACUAUUAUUCUUUUCAUACUUUUGUACAGAUUUGUUUUUAUGUUUUAUCUCUUCCCUUCCGCGUUUUUAUUUUAUUUUUUUCCUGUUUCGUUCGUUCGCGCUCAUCCUACUUGCCUCUACGGAAGAAAAAUGUCCUUAUUAUUUAUUUAUUUUCUAUCCCUCAACGACGUCUUGUCACAAAUGAUAUUCUUAAAGAAACGCUCGCCGCCAAUAUCUCGUCUUUCUCAACUGUCGUCACCAUUCUGUUAUUCUUACACCGCCGCCGCUAGUGUCUCUGUUCUUGUCACAUCUAACUCUUGUUUUAUUUUAUUUUAUUUUUGUAUCUAGGUAGCGAACUGGGGCCGUGUUUAUCGGAGGCUACACCACCGGCUCGUGAAUUCAUGAGCUCCGCGAUAUUGGCAAGCUGUGCAGGGAGGACUGUGAAUGGGUGAAGGAUUACGCUAAAUAAAACUUGGGCAGUGAAGGAUUAUGAUAAGUACGGGCCCAGGCAGAUUAUGUGAAGCCUGGCGGGUGAGCAGCAGACAAGACACGUGAUAAAUUUGUGCCGAGGAGCAACGAAGUUAGUCCUGAAAUGUGUUUUUGGAAGUGAUUGAUAAGGCUCACCCGCCUGUCGCAUCUGUGAAAAGAGGAAAGAUUAUGACAUACGGGCCCAGGCUGAUGGAUGCGGGGGCCUGGCGGGUGAAGAAUAGACAAAAACAGUAAUAAAUUUGUGCCAGACAGCAACGAAGUUAGUCCUGAAGGUGGUUUUGGAAGUGUUUGAUAAGGCUCACCCGCCGCCUCGCAUCCGUUAGUGUUACCAGGGAGGGUGUGAGGGCAAGGUGCUGUGUUGGGCCUCUCCUGUUGUGUGCCAUCCAGGUAGAGCAAGAGACAGGUAGAGCCAUUGUUUGUUACCUUUGCUGAUAUUAUGCACGGCACCUCAAAGUCAAACCGGUGAAAUGAAUUUAUAUGCUUAUUUUCUUUUAUUUUUUUAUUCCUCUUAUAUUCCCUGUUCUUAUUACGUUUUCAUUAUUAUUUUUUUAUUGAGCAUCACUUUUACACACACACACACACACACACACACACACACACACACACACACACACACACACACACACACACACACACACAAGGCUUGCGUUGUGCCGCGUUCGUUCUCUUCUGACGUGUUGGGUGGACUCUGACUUUGUAAAUAUUAUAUACAAAAAAUAAUGAAAUAAAGGAUUUUUCUCCACAACCUUGGGCUCCUCAAGAGAUGAAAAAAGCGAGAAUAGUCUUGUAAAAUCUUUAGUGUCAUGUGAUAACAGUAAAAUUAUUGAAAUAUAAAUUUUUUAUGUUAUAUACAA